AUGUCUGACGCCCAGCAUUCGCAAACCUCCGGGCCCCAAGGUCCUAACCGUGGCGGUCGUCGCCGGGGUAGAGGAGGAUCUCGACAAACCGGAAACUCCGAUAACUCGCAAAACUCCACCGAUGGCUCCGGUCGAGGAGGUCGAUCCAGGGGCCAAGGACCCCGCCGAGGGGGAGGUGGCCGCGACAAGCAAAACCGUGACGCCGGCAAAGCUGACGCCCCGCAAGAAGGCGAGUCGCCUGCGCCCGUCGCAAGUAGCACAACAAAGGGCAAGCAAGCGGUCGAGGCUGCGGCCGAUGAUGCGGAUGAUGGCGAGGUCUGCUUCAUCUGUGCGUCGGCUGUUGAGCACACCUCGGUGUCGCCGUGCAAUCACCGGACCUGCCACAUCUGCGCCCUGAGACUGCGAGCGCUCUACAAGAACAAGGCCUGCGCACAUUGUCGGACGGAAUCCAAUUACGUGAUCUUUACCGAUGAUCCUGCGAAGCGUUUCGAGGACUUUACCGACAAAGAUUUCUCCCGGAAAGAUGAUAAUUUGGGCAUUGAAUAUGAGAAUGAUGAGAUCUUCGAGGAUACCGUCCUGUUGUUGCGAUACAACUGCCCCGAUACCGGCUGCGAUGUGGCAUGCUUAGGCUGGCCCGACCUGCAUCGUCACGUCAAAAGCAAGCACAGUAAAGUGAUGUGUGACCUUUGCACUCGCAACAAGAAGGUGUUCACUCACGAACAUGAGCUUUUCACGAUGGCCGAGCUGCGCAAGCAUGAAAAGCAUGGAGACGAUGUGCCGGGCGCCGUGGACCAGAGUGGCUUCAGGGGACACCCCGAGUGUGGGUUCUGUCGCCAGCGGUUCUACGGAGGUGACGAACUCUAUACUCAUUGCCGUGAUCGCCACGAACGAUGCCACAUCUGCGACCGACAGUCUAGUACUCGCCAGCAACAGUAUUACAUCGACUACAAUGCGCUUGAGGAUCAUUUCCAGAAGGACCAUUUCCUCUGCUUAGAUAAAGAGUGUUUGGAGAAAAAGUUCGUCGUGUUCGAGUCCCAAAUGGAUCUAAAAGCCCACCAGCUAGAGUGUCAUCCAAACGGACUCUCCAAGGAUGCCAGGCGCGAUGCACGGAUCGUGGACCUUUCGGCAUUUGACUACAGAUCGCCCUACCAGCCCCAACGACAACGCCGUGGCGCUGGUCGAGGACGCGACCCGAAUUCCGAGGCGCUGCCCGUGUCUACGGCGCAGCCACUGCGAAGAGACGAGGUGGCCUACCAACGACAGAUGGCUAUUCAGAGUGCGCAGUCCGUAUCCACCCGCAGCUUCGGGGGUCAGCUCUCGCGCAAUGAUACUCAGACUGUGCACGCGCCGGCUCGCUCGGCGCGUGUCACUCCUGUCUCAACGCCUCCGGCUGCGUCUACCCCCGUGGCGGAGAUGGAGCACCUCAGUCUGACGAGCGACUCGGCAUCUGCCAGCCCGCAGGAGCAGGCCCGGCGCAUGCGCCACACCGCCGUCAUCGAGCGAGCCUCGAAUCUCCUGGGGAAUGACCAGACCAGACUCAAGGAAUUCCGCGCCCGAGUCUCCAGCUACCGUGCCUCUACCAUCUCUCCCACCGAACUCAUCGAUGCCUUCUUCUCGCUCUUCGAUACUUCCCCUAGCGAACUCGGAAAACUGAUCAAGGAACUCGCCGAAAUCUACGAAGACAGCGGCAAACGGAAUUCUCUUCUCAAGGCGUGGAAUGACUGGCGCGCCAUCAACGAAGAUUACCCAGCCCUCCCGGGACCUGGCGGCGUCCUUCCGGGCAUGUCGCCCGGCACCGUCAACGGCAGCGGCGUCGGCGGCAAGCGCGUGCUUCGCCUGAAAUCGUCAACUGCCCAGUCCUCUCGUUCGGCCGUUGGCCGCAGCGGUGCCUUGCCCUCCUCCGCCUCCUCCGCCAACCCUUUCCCCCCUCUGUCCUCCUCCACCGCUCGCUCGGCGCCUCGUACCGCCCCUUCGUCCUCCGCCACUACCCCCUGGGGCAUCUCGGCCGCCCCGACGCCGUCCUCCAGCCGCGGCUCGUCUCGACCGGCCCCGUCGUCGGCAUCUGCGCGUCCGGCCAACCCCAAGAGCGCCGAAGCCUUCCCGGCUCUCCCGGCCGCCGCGAAACCCAACGUGCUCAUGGCCGGUCUCACGCGCGGAACGGUGCGCUGGGAUAGCCGCAACCCUGCCUCGGCGAAUGCCUGGGCCUCGGCCUCGGGCGGCGAUUCUGGUACCGACGGCGCCGAGUUUGAUAUCGGGGAGUCCUCUGCUGGCGGGGGCAAGAAAGGGAAGGGGAAGAAGGGCAAACAGACGCUGUUCCAUUUCGGUUGA